AUGAUUAUGCCGAGAUGCGUUAAGAUCGCUUUUAUUUUUAUACUUGGGCUAGUUUCCGUUAUGUGUGAGUAUUUCCCUGCGUUUGCAGCAGGAUCCGCAGGGUAUUUAUACAACGUAGGAAGCCAUAUGUUUCUCUCAUGGGCAAGGGCACCACACGAUAAAUACAUGUGGAUAAAGGGAACUAAGUCCGACAAAAUAGCCUCAUUGUUUAAAAUACAAAGAACAAAAUAUCAUAGUGCAACAUACAGCCUUAUUAUGUCAGCAGAUCCUAGAAUUUUAAAUGCUAAAAAGAAAACCUCCACUACGCAUAUUGACUUCCCAUUUUAUGGAACUCCAACAAUAGGGUUAAUUGGUAAUCAAGGGCAGAUGCACAUUGGAAUGACAACAGAUACAGCAGACUCGAAUGCAUGGGUUUCCUUCUCUCCCCCAAUUACCAGAGAGAACUUUUUCAAGAUAUAUCUUAAAAACAAGUGUCUGGCUAUAGGAGACACAGGGUAUGCCAUUCUAGAAGACUGUGUUUCUGGCCCAGAUGAAAGGCAUGCAAGGCAGUUGUUUAGGUGGCUGGCCGAUAAUGAAAACAUUAUAGUAACUCGAAAAGUCAUUAGAAGAAUAUCGAUAGGGCCGAUAAAAAAACAAACGUUAAGUGUAAAGGGAUACACCCCAGACACUCGGAUGUACUAUAACCCAGAUGCACAUCCUAGUAGAAAAGAUCCAUAUCUUUUGAACCAUCCAGAUCCAAUUCUAAACAAGGAUGUUCCAACUGCAGUUGUUGCAAUAAACAAUGACUCUAUUGUAUCUAUUAAUGGAAAGCCACUGGGAUAUUAUGACGAGCCAGAGUUACCUAAAAAAGCAACAGAAAAAGCUAAAAAACUACUAAAUGUGGAUGAAAAUUCCUCUACCCCCAAGAACAACAAUACAAACAGUGAAUAUCUUCCUCCGGGCUUUUAGCAUUAAGUAGUACAGCAG